CACCCACUGAGCGCAAUGCCGCGGCGCAGAAACCGCCGAAGCAGGCACAAAGCGUCUCCAAGUGAUGGACAAUGCAAGCGCGUGGGUGGCAACCCUUUGGGUGGCGUUAAAAAUACGCCAAAGUGUGGGAAAAGUGACAAAGAGUGCGAAUAUGAGGAACAGCCCGAGGCGGCACGGGAUGAUGUGCGUCCGCGUGAGAGCGAUCGCAGCACGUCACUCCAACGGGAAUCCAAUGCCGAUGAUGAAAAUAGAACAACGACACGAACUAAUAUUAUUAGCUGCAAGAUCAACACGAAGAGUAGUUGUGAAUUGUGGCAGAGUGCCGAAAAUACUCUGGCCAGUAGUUUGAAGCACACUUACACGGCGGAACCAUUGGGGAGAGAUCGCGACGAGACGCAACGUGACAAUGUGCGGAAUGUAGUGAAUUUGUCUGGAGAUGAGGCAUUUGUGGAGAAUGGCAUGAUGGGGCAACAACAGAGCACCAAGCGAUCCGGCAAGUCCCACAGAAAGUCACCCAAUCCAUCAGAGUUGGGUCUGCCGACGCCUCCAGUCGAGCCCGACGAUCCCCAUUCCGAGGAGUACUAUGAAGCGCAUUGUGAUAGUUUUAAGUGCAGCAACGAGCCCGCGAUCACCAUCAGUCCAACGCACGCCCUCUCGGACAACGACAGUGGUUGUGAGUUCAGUGAGAGACUGAGGGAGGACAAUGACAUUGCUGAGGAUGUUGAGGAUGAGACCGAGGAGACUGAGGUGUUUCACUGUGUAGACACCACCUUCAACUUCAAUCCAAUCUACAAUGGCAAUUUAUUGUACACUGACAACAGUGUGAAAAGUGAUACGGACCGGGUCAAUAGUGCAUUCGAUGAUGGCAAAGGUGUCAGCAAUCCAAAGUAUGCUAUGAUGCCACAUGUAAAUGGGGAUAGUCCACCCUGUUUGCCGGACAUUGUGGGGAAUGCUCAAUCAAAUCUGUCGGACAAGAGAGGCCUGGUUACGCAGGAGGCACAUUUUAGCACGCAAUUGGAUGCGGCGGAGAAAGAAGUCACCUAUGCACAGUCCAAAAUAACUGAACUUCAGUUGAGAAUAGAUGAAUUGGAGAGGGAAAUCGCGAAUAAGACCUGGGCAAUUGAGCGACUUCAGGCAGAAUUAGUGUCGGCUCAGAAGGAGGAUGAAUGCGUCCGGAGAAAAAUGAAACAUCACGAGGUGGAGAUGGGCGUGCUGAAGAAUAAGGCUGCCGAUAAGGAGGAUGAUUUGACGCAACGGAUCAGUGAUCUCGAAGUGACGCGUAGCGAACUAGAGAUCAAGCUAAAGGACAUCCAGAGUUUCACGAGGAAUCUUCAAGUGCAACUCGCGGAGGCGCAAAGUCACGCUGAAACAGCACGAAAGGAGCGAGAUAAGCUGCAGGAUGAACGAGUGGAGGAACACAAAUUGGUUCAGGAUACCUUGCAAGCGGCUCUGGAGCAGCGAGAUCAACUGGAGGCGAAAUUUGAGCAGCUGAGAAAUGUGAAUCAGGAACGAGAGGAGCGUCUUAUGGAGGACUGCGAGUGGAAGAUGCGAGGCAUGCAGAAGAAGUGCAAAGAGCGACUGGAGGCCAUCACGAAGGAGCACCAGAGUGCAUUGGACACUAAUGCAAAGCUGAAGGCCACGGCAGAGCAGUAUGUGAAGGAUCUGCAACGACUGAAGAGCAUCGAGUCGGAAGUGAACGCCCUCAGGGGGCUCACUGCCGAUCAGAGGGACAGUUUGAUGUCCGUGUCGGUGCAGCUGAAUGAGGUGAAGUCUGAGUUGGAGGCGGCCAGGGCGAGAGCUGAACAGGAGAUCCGCAAUGCCAAGAAGAUCAAGGCUCAGUGUGAGAGUGACUUGAUAGAUGAGCGAAGAAAUGCACAAAUGAAACUCGAGGAGACACGGAUGCAGAUCUCCAUUCAGUGGGAGAAUAAAUUGCUGCAGGAAAUGAUGCGCCUGAAAUACGAACUGGAGUCGAUCUACACGGAUGAGAGAAAAGAGGCCCUGGAUAAAUUGAAGAAGGACUUUGAGAAGGAGCUCUCCGACCUCGUGCAGAAACACAACAACGUGGAGAAGGCUCUCCGUAAAGAGAUCACCGAUCUCGAGGAGACUCUGAAAGAGCGUAUCCAAGAACUGAGAGAUGUCUCGGCGAAAUGUGACAAACAAGCCAUCGAUGCGAGGAUUUAUGUUGAUCGCUCCGAUCGAAAUAAUCAGCUUAUUUUAGAUCGUGAGAUUCAAUACCGCGAGGAAGUCUUAGCCAAAAUCGAGGAGGAGCGUGAGGCUGAAAGGGAAGACAUGCAGACGCAAUUUUCAGAGCGUCUUCAGUCAGUUUCAGAGGAAUUUGCACAGGAACUGUGCAACACCACUGAAGAACUAGAGAUGAAGCACAAGAAAGCUUUACAGGUGCAACAUGAACAAUUGCUGGCUGAAAAGGAUGAGGCUCUGCAGGCUCUUGAGGCAAAACACAAGCACAAGAUAACCUGUCUAGAGACAAAGAUGAAAGAACUCGAAAUAUCGCAUCAGCGCGACUUGAGCGACAUGGAGCGCAACUACAGCAUAGAGAAAUCAACUCAUGAGCAGCGAGAUAACCAGCAUGCCCAAGAAAUCGAUACAUUACACCGAAAGUGUCGUUGUCUGACCAAAUUAUUUGAGGAGAUGCGUAUGCGCUACGAGCGUCGUGAUCCACGUGCCGAAGAUGUGCGGCAGAUUUCUGAGCUUAAGGAGAAGGUGGAAGAGCAGGAGAGAGAUCUCCAUCGUCUGACUGAGGUGCUGCGGGAGAUGCAGAUAUCUCAGCUGCCGCAGGACUCGCCAUCGGCUCCGCCACGGAAACCGGGCAGGAAUGCCGCUCGCAAGAAUAGGAAUAGCGAGUUGAAGAGCAAAAUGACCAAUUGUGAUGUCAUCUACGAGGAGGAGCAGGAGAAUGAGAAUGGGGACACGGCAAAUGGUGUCGAUCAUGACAGUGGUACAACUGAGGCGUAGAGUCUAUUUUCACACUCAUCCUAACAUUGUGUACUGCCUCUUGGACUUGAGCUUCUCCUAUAAUCGUGUUUUGUCUGUCUUUUCUUCUUUUGUAUAUUGUAAAUAAAUAAGAUAUUAUAUACG